UGAUGCUAAAGAAAGGUUUGCAUAAGAAAUCUGAAAUGUGAAGAUGUUCCUACCCAGAUACGAUUUACAGAACAUCACUUGCAGCAAAGAUCAGAAACGUACAGAGCUACUGAAGAAGCAACAGCCUUCAAAUCUUCCCUUCACAGCUACUUGUCCAUCAUGAAGAUAACUCUUUUUCUUUUGUGUCUCACUGGUAUAGUGCCAUUCACCCUGUCCACCGUCGCUCACAAGUUCCAUCUGAUCAUGACACCGAUGACGUGGUCAGCAGCUCAGAAUUACUGCAGAGAAACAUAUGAUGACCUGGCUACAAUGCAAAUUUAUUUUGAUUGGUUAAGGAUCUCAGCAGAAGCAGUGAGAAAGUUUAUGAUUUUCCCUGCCUGGAUCGGGCUAUAUGAAAACGUGGACGUCUGGCGCUGGUCCUAUAACAACCUCCCGCUGGAGAAUACACCUCUGAGGAACUGGUAUGCUUUUGAUGAGCCUUCAGCGAAUGGAAUUGAAGCAUGUGGUGCAAUUGAUUACCGUGGAUACUGGUUCGAUUUUCCCUGCACACACCUGAAAUCCUUUAUCUGCUACGAUUCUAGAUUCAGUGGUUUUGCCAGAUUCAUCCCCUACAUCCUUCCUCUUCUAGACUGGUUUGGAGCUCAGGCUUUCUGCAGACUUUUUCACACUGAUUUGGCCACCGCUGCCAGCUCAACGGACAACGAUGAAUUAAAGAAUCGAGUGUUAUUCCUGACCUCUUCUUGGUUUGGCCUGUUUAGAGGCACCUGGACAUGGUCGGAUGGAGCUAUAGCUUCAAACAUCGCGUGGGCUCCUUUCCAGCCGGAUCACUCUGGCACGAAGUACUGCGGGACGUAUGCUGUAGGACUGAUCAGUGAUGACACCUGCAGCAAUGAACAUGCUUUCUUUUGUCAAUCCACUCCACCAGUGAGGCAACAGCAGAUACUGAAACUGCAGGUGAAGUCUGAUGGGAGUGUUCUUGAUCCUGAUGUGCAGUCGUCCAUUUUACUGCAGAUCAAGCAGAAGCUGAGAGAAAACGGCAUGUCGGAGAACACCACGGUGACCUGGAGGGUUCAGUCAGACGGAAACAUCUUCUACAAGGAGAAAAAGCGUGGCCCGUAACAUCUAAAUGCUCACUCUGUAGUUAACAUUUACUCCAAAGCUCAAAUAAUGUCAACUACAAUCUAACUGCAAUCUUAAUGAAUAGAAUAGAAAAAUGUUCAAAACAAUUUGACAUUGUAGUAUAGUGUAACCUGUUACGCCUUUCUAAUGGCUCUGUUUGAAUAGAUGGUUUAUACAUAACUACAUUACUGUGCUGUGAUCAUUAGGAGGUCGGUAGAAUUUUUUUAGCCUGGGAGGUGGACCUGUAAAGUUUGAGAAUGUAAUAAGCAUCAUAUUCAGUUCAAUUAUUAGAAAUGUUUUAUUAAAAAGAUUGUACUAACCGUUAAUGUUCUGUUUACAUCAUUAAAUAAAAUACAUUUUAAUUGA